AUGACGAUUCCAGACGAGGUUGACAUUAUCGUAUGCGGUGGUGGAUCAUGCGGGUUCGUCGAAGUCGUGUGUGAGAACAGAGCAAGUGAAUGCUGACACCAGUGAAGUUGCGUCGUGGCUGGCCGUUUGGCCAAUUUGGACCACAAGCUCCAGGUCAUGCUCAUUGAGGCCGGAGAGAGCAACCUCAACAACCCAUGGGUUUUCCGUCCGGGCAUCUUCCCGAAGAACAUGAAGCUGGACUCCAAGACAGCCUCCUUUUACUACUCUCGGCCAUCAGAGUGGCUCAAUGGCCGUCGUGCAAUUGUGCCAUGCGCCCACAUCUUGGGCGGUGGAUCUUCCAUCAACUUCAUGGUGAACCUUUCCCUCGGUCUUUCCCACAAGUGGUAGUUGUGUUAGUUGCUGACAAAGAGAACAGAUGUACACCCGUGCGUCGGCCUCCGACUACGACGACUUUCAGGCCAAGGGCUGGACCACCAAGGAGUUGAUCCCAUUGAUGAAGAAGCACGAGACAUAUCAGCGAGCUUCGCAAAACCGUGACCUCCACGGGUUCGACGGGCCAAUCAAGGUCUCCUUCGGCAACUACACAUACCCGGUCAUGCAGGACUUCCUCCGUGCUGUAGAGUCGCAGGGCAUUCCAACGACCGACGAUCUCCAAGACUUGGUCACCGGCCACGGAGCCGAGCACUGGCUCAAGUGGAUCAAUCGCGACACUGGACGUCGCUCCGACUCCGCUCAUGCCUACAUCCACAGCACUCGCGCCAAGUACGAGAACCUCCACCUUGUCUGCAAUACCAAGGUCGACAAGGUGAUCCUCGAGGGCGACCGCUGCACGGGAGUUCGAACCAUCCCAACGAAGCCAUUGCACCCAGCGGAGGCCACCUCAAAGAUCUACAAGGCCCGCAAGCUGGUCAUUGUCAGCGGUGGCACGCUGAGCUCACCUCUAAUCCUCCAGCGCUCUGGUAUCGGUGACCCAGCCAAGCUCCGCAAGGCUGGUGUCAAGCCGCUCGUUGAUCUCCCUGGUGUCGGUCUGAACUUCCAGGACCACUACCUCACGUUCUCUCCAUAUCGAGCCAAGGCUUGGGCGGACUCGUUCGACGACUUUGUCCGCGGCGAUGAGAAGGCCCAGGAGAAGGUCUUCAACCAAUGGAACAUCAACGGAACCGGCCCACUCGCUACCAACGGAAUCGACGCUGGUGUCAAGGUCCGACCAACGGAGAAGGAGAUGGAGAUGAUGGAUCGCUGGCCAUGCAGCGAGUUCCGCUCCGGUUGGGAGAGCUACUUCAAGAACAAGCCCGACAAGCCAGUCAUGCAUUACUCCGUCAUUGCUGGCUGGUUCGGUGAUCACAUGCACAUGCCACCCGGCAAGUUCUUCACCAUGUUCCACUUUCUGGAGUACCCAUUCUCGCGUGGCUUCACGCACAUUGUCAGCCCGAACCCAUACGAGGCUCCUGACUUCGACGCUGGCUUCAUGAACGACCGCCGAGACAUGGCUCCGAUGGUCUGGGGUUAUAUUAAAUCUCGUGAGACGGCACGCCGCAUGGACGCAUUCGCCGGUGAAGUGGUCAGUAUAUGCUCCAUCGUUGUUAGUGGCCGACCCUGCUGACCAGAUGUAGACCUCUCACCACCCAUUCUACGCAUACGAUUCUCCAGCUCGCUGCCACGACUUGGACCUCGAGACCACCAACGCCUAUGCCGGCCCCAACCACAUCUCUGCCAACAUUCAAGUCGGUAGCUGGACGACGGAGAAGAAGCCGGGCAAGGCUCCAGAGCGCAGCUUCCUCAACAGCAACCAGCAGUCCAUCCAGGAGGACCUCGAGUACUCCACCGAGGACAUCCUCGCGGUCGAGGAGUGGGUCAAGCGCCACGUCGAAACCACUUGGCACUCUCUUGGUAAGUAUAUCGCUCAAGGUCACCGUCGACUCCAACUAAUCAUCAUGAAUCCAGGUACUUGCUCCAUGGCCCCGAGGAACGGUAACAGCAUUGUCAAGCACGGAGUCCUCGACGAACGCCUCAACGUGCACGGCGUCAAGGGCCUCAAGGUCGCCGAUCUGUCCAUCUGCCCCGACAAUGUCGGCUGCAACACCUACUCCACCGCCCUGCUCAUCGGCGAGAAGUGCGCCGUCCUCGCCGCCGAGGACUUGGGCUACAGCGGCCGCGCCUUGGAGAUGCGUGUGCCAGAAUACCAUGCUCCGCGUGAGAUUACUGGGCUGACCAGAUUGUAA